AGCAGUUCUCAACAAAGAGAUAUGUUUGUUAAGCAACGAAGAUCAUCUGUAACCACUUGAUGAACAAAUCAGAAACAUACAUUAUUGCUGAAUGUGAAUGUGUUCUUGUGGAGUAACAUAUCAUACUUUCUAAUUUGUGAGUGUUGAAAUGUUAAUGAUAAAAUACCAAAACCAACUGCAUGGCAUCAAACGAAAAUCACUUAUCUGUAAUUCACUAUGACUCUGAUAGUGGAGCUGAUUCAGAUGUACCAGGAACACUGAUGCAACAUAGAAAAAUGAAUAAUGAUCAUGCUAGGUCUUUAGCUCAUAGAUUGGGACAUGCCCCGUUGGCAAGACAGGAAAGAGACCAAAGCUACAGACAAGAUCUGAAAUCUCAGAGUAAAUUUACAACAACUUUUGAUGCCACUGACAGUGCUUCAGUUACUACAACCAUACAAGGUAGCCAUGCAUCUUCUAGCAAAGAAACAUUUCAGCAAAAUAGAAUAAAUUAUGCAGCCAGUACAACAAACGAAAGAUUGCCAAGUUUUUCAAGUAGUUCAAAUGAUGUCUCCUAUCACUCGAAUUAUCCUAUAUUAAGUAAUGGCGCUACCAGUGAAUUAACGCCAUAUGCAACAACAAGAGGUGCUAAUCCAGAUUUCCCAGCUAGUAGAACCGGUUACUCAGUGAUGACCAGUGGGACAGAAAGCAAGCCGGCUUCAUCAACCUCGUACCCUUCUCAACAACACAAACGUUCAAAGUCUGACAGUGGUGCUGAGAUUUUAAGACAAGCUAAUGUGUAUAAAGUGGAAACACCAUUUAACGAUGAAGAGUAUUGCAUGGUAUUUUGUGAAGAAGUAUCAAGAAAACUUUUAUGUAUGUUAUGUAAUAAAGUAUUUAAAGAUCCAGUGAUAGCCAGUUGUGGUCACACAUUCUGUCAUAAAUGCAUUGUUGGAAAUGCCGCUACUACUUGUCCCACGGAUGGUACACAACUGAUUGUUGUGGUAGCGAAUCUUGCGGUUAGCGAGCAAAUCGGUGAACUUUACAUACAUUGUAAAUAUGGUUGUACACCUUCUUCAAGUGGAGUACCUGGUGCAUAUGAAAUCAAUCCUAAUGGCUGUCCAGUCACUCUUAAGAUUAGCUCAAGGAAGGAACAUGAAGCCACAUGUCAAUAUGCACCUGUACAAUGUCCCAACAGUUCUUUAUGUCCCUCGUUAGUUGAAAUGGAACUUCAAGCUCAUUUACAACAGUGCCAGCAUGCGCGUUGUCCACAUGCUAAAUUCAAUUGCAAGUUUGAAGGAACGUCAGAAGAGUUAGCAGAACAUUUAAGAGAAUGUCGUUUUGAAGGCGUAAAGGACUUUUUAAACCAUACUGAGAAACAGAUGGAGGAGCUAAGAUCUGUUAUUGUAAAAAAAGAUCAGGAAUUCGACUACAUGAGAGGAAUGUUCUCACAACUUACUGAAAGACUUGAACGUUUAGAAAAAGCUGUGGAGGUCAGAAUAGAUCUUCUUGAUGAAAAUUUGACGAAGCUUUCUUCUGAUUUCACUGAAACAAGAAGAUGUCUUGGUCACAUCGAGAAAGAAAUAUCGAGCAUGGAUUCAAGACAGUUCAAUCUGGGUGCAUUUGAUGUGCAGUCGGUUUUGAAAUGCAAGGGCACAUUUGUUGGACACCAAGGACCUGUUUGGUCUUUGUGUGUUUAUUCGUCGCUGUUAUUUAGCGGUUCCUCAGAUAAUUCGAUCAAGGUUUGGGACACACGAUCAAACUACAAGUGUAUAAAUACUUUCGCUGAACAUUCAGGAAUGAUUCUCGCCCUGUGUGCUUAUAGGGGGAAACUUUACAGUGGUUCUGCCGACUGCACAAUAAGCGUUUUUGACAUUGAAACACAAAAAAUGAUUCAGAAUUUCACUGCGGACGACAAUCCGAUAUGCACGUUGGCAGUGGGUAACGGAAUGUUGUUUAGUGGCUCGUUGAAAUCCAUUAAGGUGUGGGAAUUAGACAGUUUGAAAAUGUUGCGUGUACUCGGUGGAAUGAACCACUGGAUUCGAGCGUUGUUGACAACAGAAAAUUACUUGUACUGCGGAUCAUACCAAACUAUCAAAAUUUAUGACCUGAAAACAUUGGAGCAACUUCGUGUCAUCCAAACACAAGGAGGGAGUGUGUACUCCUUGGUUGUUUCUCGAGAGUAUAUUGUGUGUGGCACUUAUGAAAACAGCAUACAUGUAUGGGAUGUUAAAACAUAUAAAACCGUGGCCAAACUUACUGGUCAUUGUGGUACUGUGUAUGAUUUGGUGUUAAUGACGUUGGUGGAUACGAAUCGAGUAAUCAGCGCAUCUUACGACGGCUCGCUACGCGUGUGGAGUUUAGACAACAUGCAAUGUGUACAGACCUUGUUUCGUCAUCAAGGAAGCGUGACGUCGCUUGCUGUGAGUCGUGGACGAUUAUUCUCGGGUUCUGUUGACAGCACAGUAAAGGUAUGGUCAUGAUGAGAUUACGCUGAAGGAUAUUUUUUGUUAAGUAUUUGUUUUAGCAUGUUCAAACCAUGUCUUAUCAAACAGCAUUCAAAGUGGACGUAAGCAGGUCGAACCCUUGCUUAUGAUUCACGAUAGCUGACAUAUUUAUAGAAAUAAAAAUGUUUACAGUGUAUAUAGAGAUGCUCAAGUAAUGCAACUUCGAUGGAACAAUCGUUUUCGUAUGAACUUCCUCCUAAUGAACGUCGCGUUUAAAAAACCCACCAGUUACAAAGGCAGAAUUUUAUGGAUAUUUAUUGAAAAUAAAGUCGGUAAAAGUGACUUAAUUUUAGCCUGACGACUAAUUUUGUGCAAGUGACUAAUAUUUUUAGUACCGACUUUUUUGGCGCCCUUUUUUAUUAGCCGGUGAGUGGGUUUAUCCGGCAAUUUUUUGUUCUUUCGAAAUAACGUCAUUUUAAAAUACAUUACUUUUUGACAAAGUUUUAACUGAGCAUCAUUUAUUUUUUAGUUAUAUUUUUUGUAUAUAUUAACCUCAUAUGCUUCAUAAAAUUUUGACGAUUGUCAAUAUAUUAUUUAUAAAGAAAAACUCAUUAUCGUUUAAGAU